UCAGCCAAGCCAUGGCUCUCUCCCGUUCUCUAUAAUCUCUUUUUCUCUGCUCUGGUGAUAAUCGCUGGUGUGUUAGCAGAGUUUAAAAGAUUAGUUUGCGUUAGGGGCUUAGUGUGAGCUAAGAUGCAACACUUCCCCUUUCUUUCCAUCUGUCUUGCUCUGUCUCUCUGUAGGAAAAUAGGUUCUUGGAGAUAGUCUGUAAAAAAUACAUUUAAUGUAAAUGGUUUUUCUGUAUUCAAAUAAUUAGAACUUCCAUAUUGAGACACCAGAACAAUGGAUUCCUGAGUAGAGAAUGAGUGGAUGACGAUUAUAUGAGGAGAACUGAACAGAUAUAGACUUUUCUGCAUUAGAGAAGUAAUACCACCAACGAAACGCCAUGAAACUAGGAGCUCUUCUGCUGCUGCUUCUGGGGUCCAUGCAUGGGGUGUUCACGCAAGUGCCUAUAACUGCAUUUACUGAACGAACAGCUGUGGAGGAAGAUCUAGGAAGUGGUCUGUUAGAGGUGGAACAGGAGGAUGACCUGGGAGACACUUACUGGUCCGGGACAGCCCCGCUUUGUUUUGGAGGGUGUAAGGGCAGACACAGGGAGCUAAAGAGAGACAACUGUGGAGAUUCAGACUGCUGCUGGGUGGGAUACAAAUCCCUCUGUAGAGUGAAUUGUGGAAAACCUGAUGUGGACUUUAACGGGAUGGUGUAUGGGAGUGAUUGGUGGGUGGGUUCUGUGGUGCGGUACGACUGCAGGCCAGGGUUCGUGUUGGUUGGAGAUCCUGCUCGAGCCUGCCAGUCCAAUGGGAAAUGGACGCCCAAACCGUCCUGCCUCAGAGUGUGUCAUCGUGGCCGGGUUGAGAUCAACGAGAAGGACAUUGACGGGACGUGUUCGUCCACCUGUCCCGAUGCUAAGAGCUAUGCGGUUCCUCUGAACCACGUAUGCAGUCGCAUUGAGAACUGCAGGACUAAAGAAUCAGGCUGGAAGCGCUGGUUUACACGCUGCAACUUCUGCGACUGUGACUGCUUCACUCGCUGUGCUUCUACAGGAUAGAAGACAGUGGAUCUGUUUAUCCUUUUCUAUGAAGACAUUGUUUAUAUGAUUUCUGGAAACAACAGAAUUAAUCUUUAUUUGAAUGUAAAAAGACAAGCUUGACAUGCAAAAAAAAAAAACCCUGAAUAUGUAUGUAGGCAUUUUAUGCAUUUGAUUAUCUAUGUAAUUGGAGACUGGUAAUGUACACUAUUUGAUUGUACCUUAAUUAGUCAUAAUUGUUUAAAGAUCAGAGAAACAGUUGCAGCAGUGCUCAGUGAUUUUAUUAAGUAUUAUGCUGUAGAUGCAAUCAAAUUAUUAGAUUAUUCAUUCACUUGAUGAUUGAUACAAGAUGUGGGAUUGAUAUACUGACAUAUAGAAUUUGAGUGGUCUCAUUUGAAACCACAAAAUACAACUGAUCUACUUUUAGUCCCAUCUGGUGAAAUUCAUAAUGAAAAUCUCAUUGCGCUUGGGUUGGUAGCAGCCAAUUCCUGCAAAAGAUUGGGGGAGAAAAUUAAUAUUUUAUAUAUUUUGUGUUGAAUUGUUAUGAAUUGAUU